UGCGCCCGGGCGAGGCGGGGCUGAGCCGGUAGGCCGCUGCGCCCGGGCCCUCCGGGGCCCCCGCGGCACUGAGCAGGCCACGCCGGCCUGGGCAACGAGGGAGGCCCGCCCCGAGGGGAGAGGUCUGCGGCCCGCAGAGAAGGGUCCGGCUCGAGCGGAGCGCGGGGUGCUGAGGUCCAGCACGCACGGGGGGCUUGGGGGUGCCUGAGGCAGGAGAGGGAGUCUGCCCGGAACAGCAGGGCCCCUCCGACGGGCGUGGGUGAAGACCUCGCAUCCUGGAGACACGGGAGGGGGAGCCGCAGGCAGGUGUGCCCCGGCUCCGGUGAGGGUUUCAGAAGAUGGACAGGGGAAAGGACGGUCUCUCCAGGGAGGGUGACCGGGCGAGAGGACAGACUCCUCUGGGUGGAGAAUGGGAGAAAGGACGAAGUGGAUCAGCUGUGGAGAAAAUAACCACUCUUACCCAAAAUCUCCUAACCCUGAAACUGUCCCCAAGAGUUCCCAAGACAGCAAAAUUACCCCCUCUUCUGGUCCUCUCCUGAGGACUCUCAGCUUUAGGCCUUAAAUCUGUAGGUCAUGUCAGAGACCCUUCACAUUUGAGUCUUUUAUUCUCCCAGGAGCCACCUGACAUGAGUGUUUUUAACCUAUUUAGUGAGGAAAGAGAGUCAGGGCUAUUUGGUUACUUGCCCAAGGUCAUAGGGAGCAGGAGUGAGGUGAGAAUCCAGGUCUCUCAUGGCCUGCUUCUGAGCUUUCCCAAAGAAUAAAGAGUCUUUCUGUUAGGAAAAGCCACAUUUUCUAUUAUGAAGCCACUUUCUCCAAAAUCUUCAGGAAAUUAAUUCCCCAGACUUGUGAUCUAGGGAGAAAAAUAAGACAAUUUCCCUUUAUUAAUAAGGGAGAUUCCUGAGAUGCAGCUGAGUUGCUCGUUGCUGAAGAUCUCACAGCAUGUGGAGAGGCAGAGCUGCCAAUUUGACCCGUUUGUUUGACCAAACUCUAUCUGCUGGACCACCCAAGGACCGAGUCCAACCUCAGGCAGCAGGGGGGAACUGGAGAGGAGAGCUGGAGCCAUUUCCAUCGUGGAACUAAUCAUGGAGCCUGAAACGUGGGUUUUUUAGAAUCUGAAUUCCUUUGGAGGCUUGGAGGACAAAAUAGCAGGUGCUUAGGUGGGGGGAAGGAAGUGGAAGUUUCACUCACAUGCCAAGGCUAAGGUACAAAAGGAGUGGCCAUUAUAUUGGGGUUGGCAGAAGGAGAUGUGUCUUUACUCUUUGUGUUCCCUGCUUUCCCACCUCCUGCUUCCUCCUGGACUCAUCUGUGUGUGGUCAUGGUACCUUUCAGCCCAUUUUAUAGUGACAUUAUAGGAGACUAACAUUACAUCAGGCAAUCCAAAUUUCCUCCAUUUUCUCAUACCCCAAACUGGAGCUCCUGUUAACUUUAAUCCUUCUCACUUAUCAAUUCUCCUGCCCUUUCCUCUUUAUUUUUGUUGUGCUGUUUUGUUUGUGUGUGUUUGUUUUUUCCUCCUCAGGUGCUCAAGAACAGCCCAUGGAAGAAUCAUAUAAAGAGGUGGUGAUUAAGGUCAUACAGCAGGAGUGGACAUGUUUGGAUUUCCAGCAGCUACCCUGCUGGACUGUCAUGGAAGAUAUGCCCAGAAUGUAGCAUUUUUCAGUGAAUGUGAUGACAGAAGCCCACCACAAAUAUGAUCACUCUGAUGCCACAGGAUCCUCAAGCUGGGAUUUCCAGAAUUCUUUCAGAAAAGAGAAGCUGGAACAAAAAUCCCCAGAUUCUAAGACACUACCGGAAGACUCACCUGGAGUGAGACAGAGGGUCUACGAGUGCCAGGAAUGUGGAAAAUCCUUCAGGCAGAAGGGUAGUCUAACAUUACAUGAGAGAAUCCACACUGGUCAAAAGCCCUUUGAGUGUACCCACUGUGGAAAAAGCUUCAGGGCCAAAGGCAAUCUUGUUACACAUCAGCGAAUACACACAGGAGAGAAGCCCUAUCAGUGCAAGGAGUGUGGGAAAAGCUUUAGUCAACGAGGUAGUCUGGCCGUUCAUGAAAGACUCCACACUGGACAGAAACCCUAUGAGUGUGCCAUUUGUCAGAGAAGCUUCAGGAAUCAAAGUAACCUUGCUGUUCAUAGAAGAGUUCACAGUGGUGAGAAGCCCUAUAGAUGUGACCAGUGUGGAAAAGCCUUCAGUCAGAAAGGCAGCUUAAUUGUUCACAUCAGAGUCCACACAGGCCUGAAACCCUAUGCCUGCGCGCAAUGCAGGAAGAGUUUCCACACCAGGGGGAAUUGUCUCCUGCAUGGCAAAAUCCACACAGGAGAGACACCCUAUCUGUGUGGCCAAUGUGGGAAAAGCUUCACCCAGAGAGGGAGUCUGGCUGUGCACCAGCGAAGCUGCUCACAAAGGCUCACCCUGUGACCACUCUUCAAAGGAAGUUCUCUUUAUGGAUUAAGAGUACAUCAUCCUCUGAGGUCAAGCAACCUAUCCAAUUCUGUGGAAUGAAUGGAGACUCUUUCAGAAAGACCAUCAUUCGUUAGGGCAAACUGACUUUUCCUCUUUACCCCAAAUGAGUAUGAAAAAUAAACGUCGUUUAUUAUCAUUAUCA